AUCUUUUCCUAAUAACUACUGGGACAAGUUUGUGAAGAGAAAGGUGAUCAACAAGUAUGGAGACCUGUAUGGAGCAGAGCGUAUCGCUGAACUCCUGGGUUUGGACAAAAACGCCCUUGACUUCAGCCCAGUGGGAGACCAAGCCGAGGCGGCCUCUCUGGUGUCAUGGCUAAGUUCCAUCGACAUGAAGCACCAUAUCUGGACUGGGGUUGUUUUUACUGACAAUUCCUUUCUCUACCUUGCCUGGUACACGACCAUGUCAGUCCUGGGUCACUACAACAACUUCUUCUUUGCUGCACAUCUGUUGGACAUUGCAAUGGGCUUCAAGACACUGAGGACCAUCCUGUCAUCUGUAACUCACAAUGGCAAACAGUUGGUUCUGACUGUUGGCCUCCUGGCUGUAGUGGUUUAUCUCUACACUGUGGUGGCUUUCAACUUCUUCCGCAAGUUCUACAACAAAAGUGAAGACGACGACGAGCCUGACAUGAAAUGUGACGACAUGAUGACCUGUUACCUUUUCCACAUGUACGUGGGGGUGAGAGCGGGGGGCGGCAUUGGCGAUGAGAUUGAAGACCCCGCUGGAGAUCCGUAUGAGAUGUACCGCAUUGUCUUCGACAUCACCUUUUUCUUCUUUGUCAUUGUCAUCCUGCUGGCCAUCAUCCAAGGUCUUAUUAUUGAUGCUUUUGGAGAGCUAAGAGACCAGCAGGAACAAGUACGAGAAGAUAUGGAGACUAAGUGCUUCAUCUGUGGCAUUGGCAACGACUACUUUGAUACAAUUCCUCACGGGUUUGAAACGCACACGCUGCAGGAGCACAACUUAGCCAACUACUUGUUCUUUCUGAUGUAUCUGAUUAAUAAGGAUGAAACAGAGCACACGGGUCAGGAGUCUUACGUGUGGAAAAUGUACCAAGAAAGGUGUUGGGACUUCUUCCCAGCUGGCGACUGCUUUCGAAAGCAAUACGAAGAUCAGCUGGGAUAACCUGAAUGAAAGAGCACCCCACUUUUAGACAGCUUCUGGUGAAAACAAAAUCCCUCUUCUUAAAAAC